AUGGCUAGCCGCAGGUGGUGGCGCAACACCACCGCCGCAGCAAUGGCGUGCUGCUUCGUCGUCAUCCUGGGCCUGACGACGCUGUUAACGCCCACCGAGGCCAGCAGAGCCAUGCCAACGACGACGACGACGACGAUGUUAGCAGCCAGCAGCGGCGGCACUGCUGGUAACAACAACAACAACCAUGAGGGACUUGCCGGAGCAGCAGACCAGAAGACCUUCCUGCCUGGCUACGUCGGUGGCGUUGCAGGGUUCGCUGGCCUCGGCGGCGUUGCGGGAGGCAUCGCUGGUGGUGGAGGAGGAGGAGGACUCGGUGGUGGUGGGUUUGGACCGCUUCCUCUGCUUGGUGGUGGAUCAGGCCUUGGAGGUCUGGGUGGCGGUGGAUCGUCAGGAUCUGGUCUGGGCGGUGACGGUGGCAGCGGCCUUGGCGGUGGAGGUGGUUGCCUUCACCCGUGA